AAUAACGCUGGUCGCCGGCCGGUUGCGCCUGUAUUUUGACUUGGCCUUGGUGUAGCAGCGCUUUGUGGCUGUUUCGCCGUCGCCGUGCCGUCGCCGUAGCCGUCGCCAUGGCGUUCACCCUGUACUCGCUGCUGCAGGCCGCGCUGCUGUGCGUCAACGCCGUCGCCGUGUUACACGAGGAGCGCUUCCUCAACAAGAUUGGCUGGGGGGCAGACCAGAGUGUCGGUGGUUUUGGAGAAGAACCAGGCAUUAAAUCACAGCUCGUAAACCUGAUCCGAUCUGUACGCAUGGUCAUGAGAUUGCCAUUAAUAGUAGUGAAUUCUGUAACAAUCGUACUCUUGCUACUUUUCGGAUGAAGAAUUGAAAAGGCAUCAACACUAGUCUUCAGUGAUGAGAUGAAACAAAGUUUUCUACAGGAGUGGAGAGUUGUAACACUUCCUGAUGUUUGACUCCAUAUUCUCAAAGAUUCCAUCAAAUAUAUGCAAGCAAACUCAUUUCAUUAUUUACUGCAUUGUUUUAUAGACCACAAAAAAAUAAAGAGAUCAGUGACAAAAUGAUGUGUCGAUAUCCUAUGCAAGCUGAACUAUGGAUCUUUACAAAUUGUUUGAAAUUAAAUGCAUUUUCAGUUC